UGCAUCGGGACCGGGGCUGCAUCGGGACCCACACAGACACAGAUACACACACCGCACCGGCACCGGCAGCAGGGCCGGCCGUGCCGCUCAGGGCCGCGAAAGCAGAGGCCGGAGGGCUCGKCGGAACCCGGCCAUGUUCUGAGGGAGGCUGCAGGACGCCGCUGSGAUCCGGGUACCGCAGGUGUGCCUGAAGGAAUCGCCCUUCUCUCUGCCCUGCGAGGCGCUGGSUGAGGCGGAAUCAUGGCAAGUCCAAGAACAAGGAAGGUCCUCAAGGAAGUCAGAGCACAAGAUGAGAACAAURUCUGUUUUGAAUGUGGUGCAUUUAACCCCCAGUGGGUGAGUGUGACCUAUGGAAUUUGGAUCUGUCUUGAGUGCUCAGGAAAACACCGAGGCUUGGGAGUUCACCUCAGUUUUGUGCGUUCUGUAACCAUGGACAAGUGGAAGGAUAUUGAGCUGGAGAAGAUGAAAGCUGGAGGUAACAGCAAAUUCCGAGAGUUCUUGGAGUCUCAAGAUGAUUAUGAUCCAUGCUGGACAAUGCARGAGAAGUACAACAGCAAAGCUGCAGCUCUGUUUAGAGACCAGGUAGCUACAGUCGCUGAAGGCAAGGAGUGGUCCAUUGAAACUUCUCCUGCCAGGAACUGGACCCCACCUCAACCUAAAAUGUCUCUGUCUUCUGCUCACCGUUCUGCUGGACAAUCUCAGACUGCAACUGCCUCUUCUGACAAGGCUUUUGAAGACUGGUUAAAUGAUGAUGUCAGCUCCUACCAAGGUGGCCAAGAGAAUCGCUAUGUGGGGUUUGGGAACACAGUAAACCCUCCAAAAAAAGAGGAUGACUUCCUGAAUAAYGCCAUGUCCUCAUUGUACUCGGGAUGGAGCAGUUUUACAACUGGAGCAAGCAAAAUUGCCUCAGCUGCUAAAGAGGGUGCUACCAGAUUUGGAUCUCAAGCAAGUCAAAAGGCRUCAGAGUUAGGUCAGACAUUAAAUGAAAAUGUUCUCAAACCUGCACAGGAAAAGGUGAAAGAGGGGAAAAUACUUGAGGAGGUAACCAUGGGGGUAUCGCARUUGGCCAGCAAGGUUCAGGGAGUUGGGAGUAAGGGAUGGAGAGAUGUCACCACUUUCUUUUCAGGCAAACCAGAUGAUAAUUCUGAAAGACCAGCUGAGGGAGACAGCUACCAGAACAGUGGAGGGGAGGGCUACCAGAACAAUGCUGUAGAUCAAAGCUUCUGGGAGACCUUUGGCAACUCAGAUGCACCAAAAGCUCAUAAAUCUCCAAGCAGUGAGAGCUGGACCUAUGUGGACAAUUCCACAGAGAAGAAGAGCUCGGAUAGCUGGGACGUGUGGGGCUCAGGAACAGUCUCCAACAAGAACAGUAACAGCGACAGUUGGGAAAACUGGGAGACCAACUGGGAGAACACAGGAGGAGAGAGCAAGACCAGAAAACCUCCUAAGGCAACAAAAAAUGCGUGGGAUGACUUUUAGAACUCUGUUAACCCUGGUUUGCACAGCUGGGAAAGGGAGGCUGUGCUGGCUGAUGGAGGGGAGGAAGUUUUACACACACCUGGAGUAUCAUGGUUAACCUUUCUGAUCUGUUUGUGCUUCCCAUUCAUUCUUCCUUCUAGCCCGGUUUAGGGAAAACAAAAGUAGCAUCUGAAUCUUUUCUUACAUAAAGGUGGCUCUCCCUUUUUUAAGGAUAGUGAUGACUAUAUUCUCCUUGCACUAUUGGAGCUGGCUACAGUGCUUUCUUAACACGAAUGUUAAAGGAAAGAAAUCAGUGCAAGGACACUUCCAUGGCACCCUUGCAUGUGUAGGUUAAUAGGUGUUCAUCCAGUCUUCAUCUAAUUUGAGAUUUGGGGURUUUAAUGCAAUCAAAGGACAGGGUGUGACUUGAAAAGACAGCCAUUAAAUGAGCAAGCUGCAGYUGGACACAUCUAGUUCCAAUGCCUUAUGGAUUGCUCUGACUACAGGAAGUCUGGCAAUUCAAGAUGGUCUUUAACAUAUUUUUUAUURGAGCUUUGUUUUUAAACAUUGUGACAUUAUUUUUUUUUUAGUACUUUGAAACUUAUUUUUUCCCUUUAGAAUUCAGAAGGAAUCUAGAGCUAGAUAAUUUUUUGUGUAAACUUACAGGUUUGACCUGAGUUCUCAAGGGAUGUCCAGAAUGGCUCUGCUUGCCCACCUUGCUCAAUGCAUUGAGUUUGCACUGUGCAGCUCUGCUACRUAGAAAAGCAAAGCUGUGGUGUUUUCCUUCCUCACCUAUACCCUUUCCCCAGUUAGAGUAUUUUAUGUGCUCUUUUUUUUCUCUUUCUUCCUUCUACUUGUCUAUUUUAUCAAUUCUGUUAAAAACUAAGUCUUUCUGCUGCCUAUGGCCUUCUGGGCAUCUGUUCGGCAAUCUGACAGUGAAAAAAAUAAUUUUAAAGAAGAUUCCAGCAAGAAAAAAUGGGUGGAAAAUAUGAGAACAUUGAGGAAAGAGCCUGGCAGCAAGCUCCUUUCAAGAUGAGUAGAUGUCUGGAUUUAAUAGUAAAAUUUAAUUUAAGCAGAUGUUUUCCAAACGAUUCUUUAGCGUGUCAAGCUGUAUCUCUGUUUCUGUCAUAUAUUUCUCCACAUUUUCUUCCUGGAUCUUGUUAAAGAAACACUACUUUGGAAACUUGAGGAACUCCUUGUCAGCAUUAAGGACUGGAAUAGGAGAUUCAGUUAUGUCUCAGUUUUGACCCAGCAAAUGGCUUUGCAUGACACAAACCRUAACUUCUGGAGAAGAAUUGUGACUUUAACAUCAAAGGUGUCACAGGUGUCCCAUUUUAUUUUGGGGGAUGGGUUGUGAAUGUACCCUCAGCACGAAAACAAUCAGCUUGCUUGAAAACUCAAA